AUGGUUGUAUUGGUCAGUCGUUCAAGAGCACCAACUAUUAGUAAGCACCAUUCUUUCCUUCAAGAAGAAUCAAGAACACGAGAGUUUCGGAGGAACUUUUAUAUAUUUUGCUCGUCGCACGAGGAACAAGUAGCAAUGUCGUUCCGUUCAGCCUCACGUCCAAGUCCCGGAGAUUCCAUUGCCGAAAUUGCUAGAAAUGUGGCGACGGUAUUUGCACGUGGGCGUACAAAGCAGCUGGAGCCGCAUUUGCGAUUAGAAUUAGAAAACGAACUUGGGAGAUUCAAGAUUUGGGCAGGUAACUUGGGAGUUUUUGCUCCUGGUCGAGCAUCUGCGGAUUACCGACUUCGCGAUGAUGCUGAUGUCAAAGAGGUCUUGAUUCAAAUGUUGGAUCGCCUGAGACAGAGCACGAAACAAGCAAUGGAUCCACCGGUGAUAUUAGAGGAAGAGGAAGAGAAUGAACAAGAUGAUAGCCCAAGUGAAUCAUCGGAAGAUUCGAUGGCCAUUAGCUUGGACAAAGAUUUCGAUGUGGGAUCCGAAACGGAUGAUAUUCCCGUCCCUCAAAAUGAUGUCGUAGCUACAGCUCUCGAAACGAUUAAAGACACCAUUAAUCGACUGUAUAGACUCUCAAACAUCAUCAAAAAACCUAGUUCAUCAAAUGAAAAUGUGAAAGUGGCGAACUUUAUAGCGAAGGAAGAAGCAUCUGAAAAACUCAAGGAAUUCCAAACUUCCGUUAGCUGGCAAAUAAAGUUCCGACUCCCUAAUGCUUCACCAGCCUUACUAGAUAGAUUGGUCGAGGCUGCAGUAUUUCGACGGAAAAAACUAGAAUACCGUGAGCGUCAUAAAGAAAAGCUAAGACAGGGUAUUGAGCAAUCAUUCGCAACCGACUUGGCCGUUUCUCUUCUGCCCAAGGAUGCAAAGCUUCGACCAUUCGGAGAUGACCGUAAAGCCGCUCCAGUCCUGAGACAGCAAGCAGGUUCAGCCAGAGGCUCUUUGAAUACAAUGCAGUAUUCUGCUACGGAAGCUUCAUCAGUCAAUCGCCUCAAGUUUGCUUCAUAUCCAAAAUCAGUGGCACUUUCGGGAAUCACUAAGUCGGCGGUUGCUCGCCGAGAACACCUAGAUAUCCCAGUCCCACCCUCUAAGUCAAAAGGAGAGUCAGAGGAAGUAGUUUGUCCUUAUUGCUUCCGUAUUGUUGAUAAGGAAGAUAUGAUUCAAGCUCGUUGGAAGCGACACACACUUCGAGAUAUAGAACCAUAUGUGUGUCUUUUUGAUGGAUGUGAAAAAUCGAUAGAAUGCUUUGCAACAGUAGAUGACUGGAUCAACCAUAUGCAAUGGCAACAUGCCGUAGUAUGGUGUUGCCAAGUUGUGGGUCACGAAUCAACUAUCUAUCAUUCUGAAGAAGAUUUUAAGCGGCAUUUACGUCAGGAGCAUGAGAGUUCUUUUAAUGAGUCUCAACUUUCCAUGAUUGUUAAAAAGGCAGCGCAGCCUGUUCCAGACCUUUUUGGCACUCUGGCUCCCACGCUGAAUGAAAACGAAAGAGGGGACGAAAGGGCUAGAGCUUGUCCCCUCUGUCCCUUUUCCGUGGAGAUCUCAGAGGAUAACCAAGCACUAGAAAACUUGGAGGUAGCGAAAACGUCAAGACCAACAUCCAAAAAGCUUUGUGAUCACAUAGCUGCACACAUGGAAGCAAUCGCCCUCUUAUCAUUACCGGAACGUGACGAUCUCGAUGAUGCAGACACGAAUGAACGAGAAUCGGAGAAUACCUAUCAAAGUCUCCAUCAAAACGAAAUGGAUCUGCCACCAGUCACAUCGAUUGUUGAUAAUGAGAACGAUGAAGUAAUCUCUGAUCCUGUUCAGCCUUCAACAGAGCUCGAGAGCUCAGAGUACAUGUCGAGAGAUGACUGGGGUUACGUGUUCGAAGAUCAACGUGUGAAGUCAGGACAGGUUCUCGAGCCUGCUCACGAUCCCACACUGCAAGACAUAGAUUUCGAUUGGCAGCCAGGACAAGAGUCUCCCAGCAUAGUUGUACACACAGCAUCUGGCUUUAGCGUUGUAGCGGAGGUCCAGAUUAAGUAG